AUGGCCAUCACCGCAACUCAGACCACAGUUGAAAGCGCAAUUGAGCUUCCUGAAUUGACGCAAGGGAGUGGCCGUGAUGCUGGUUCGACCGAGGCCGAACCAGCGCAGGGGCCUGACCAACGCCUCAAUAAGUCGGUGUACUUGAAGAUCAUCAGCGCUGGCUUCUCUUUCUUCGUAGCUGGCGUCAACGAUGGAAGCAUUGGAGCCCUGAUACCUUAUAUAAUACGCGAAUAUGACAUUAGCACGGCAAUUGUAUCGAGCGUCUAUGGCGCCAACUUUCUCGGCUGGCUGUUUGCAGCCUUUGCCAACACCCAUCUCUGCCAAUAUCUCAAUCUCGGCGCGAUGCUUGCCCUUGGAGCCGUGUUCCAGAUUGCGGCACAUGCCCUCCGAUCUUGGGAUCCUCCGUUUGGGCUGUUUGUUGUGACGUUCUGGCUUGUGAGCGUUGGACAAGCAUUUCAAGAUACUCACGCAAACUCGUGGGUCGCCAGCGCUGUUCCCAAGGGUGCUCACCGCUGGCUGGCCUUUAUUCAUGCCAUGUACAUGGCGGGCUGCUUGGUUGGGCCGUUUGUUUCCACUGCCAUAGCGUCUGCCGGAGACGUCUCGCGAUGGUAUCUGUUUUAUACGUUCCCACUAGCUCUUGGUGCCGUCAAUCUUGGGCUGACGUGUGUUGCAUUCCGUGAUACUCUUGGGCUUCAUCAAAAGACAGUUGCAACUGUAUCGAGGAACAAGGAGGCCACGCAACUCAUCAAAAAGACUGCAAGCACGCCCAGUGUCUGGCUGCUCAGCCUCUUCUUUUUCUUCUACCUCGGCUCCGUCCUUACUGCUGGCGGUUGGGUCGUGGAAUACCUGGUUAAUGUUCGUCAUGGUGAUUUAUCACAAAUGGGUUAUGUCCCUGCUGGCUUCAGCGGCGGCGGUCUUCUUGGCCGAUUGCUACUGGCAGAGCCAACGCAUAGAUUUGGAGAACGCCGGAUGGUGUUUUUCUACAUCGUUGCUGCGAUUGGUCUCCAGCUGAUAUUUUGGUUGGUACCGAAUAUCAUUGCUGCCUCGAUCGCCGUUAGCUUGAUCGGUUUCUUUACAGGGCCAUUGUUCCCAACUGGCAUCUCGCUUGGGUCAAAGCUUUUCUCACCAGACAUUCACUCCACCGCGCUACCGCUGGUGUUUGUUUUUGCCCAGAUGGGAGGCUCAUUGUUUCCCAUCAUUACAGGCGUGGUAUCUGCCGAUGCCGGUGUGAGAGUUCUGCAACCGAUUUUGGUCGCUCUUCUUGCCACCACGGCAGUAACUUGGAUGCUGGUGCCAUCGCCAAAGUCAACAUCCAAUACUGCCCUGCAUCAAGAGUGA